GGAUGCUAACGAUAUUUUGGAAUGAAAUAGGGAUAUUUACACACGUUCGAUAGUGAGUUGUGCUUCGAGCGAGUUUCAAUAGUACGAUAUUAGUGACAUAUCGCCCAAUUUAGAAAAAAGUCAGACUCUUGUCAGGAAUUACUAUUUCAAACGGAAAACAGAUAAUCAAACGAAUGAUACCGGUAUGGACCGUUGGUCAGAAAGGGAUAGAUGUGUAUAUGUGUGUCUGUCACUACAUGUAUGUCUGUGUUUUUUUUAUGAAACUAUUAAACGUGAUGAUUACAAGAACAGUGCUCAGUCGAACAUUCCCAUGUAUGCACAAUUCCAGCGUAUUCCGGCUCAAUAUACUUCCAACUCUAUUUGCAUUUUUUAAAUACACUCAAAUUUUUAUUCUUGAGCUUGGAGGUCUGAUGGCUUUGGCUUCUGUUUUUUAUGCAGAAAGAGUUGGGUUCCUUUCAAUUUGUCGUUGUUUUCUCUUCCGUUAUUACAUUUGUUUGUUUCCUAGUCAGGGAAUUUGCUUAUCGUGUACGUUGGACAGCAGCAUAGAGACGGAGAAUGGAUCUGGCUAAUGUCUUAUUUUGAAAAACCUUUUUCGGACUUCAGGAACCAGCUUAGAAGGAAUCUGGACGCAUACCAAGAGGGUUCUGGAAUUGUACCAGAAGCAUGCAAAACCCAUCUCAGAAGAAUUUUAGAACCAUCCAUGGAGGAUUCUGUAACCAUCUCAAAAGGAACCUGAAGGAUUCAAAAACCAUCGCAAAAGGUUUCUAGAAUCAUCUCAGAAAUAAUUUUGAAACCAUCACAGAAGGAUUCUGAAAUCAUCUCAAAAGAUAAAUGGAAGCAUUCCAGAAGGGUAUUGUUGGAAUCAUCCCAGUAGAAUUAAAAAAAAACAUCUCAGAAAGAUUUUCAAAGCAUCCCAUAAGAAUUUUAGAAGUAUCACAUCUAAGAAGGAUUCUAGAACCUUCCCAGAAGGAUUCUGAAACCGUUUCAGAAGAAAUCUGGAUGCAUUCCAGAAUGGUGUUGAAAUCAUCUCAGAAGGAUUCCAGAACACUUCAGAACGAUUUCCGAAGCAUCCCAGAAGGAUUCUAAAAACAACUCAUCUCAGAAAGAUUCUGUAAUCAUCCUAGAAGCAUUGUGGCAGCAUUGCAGCUGAAUUUUGGAAUCAUUUCCAGAAGGAUUCUGGACCAUUCCAGAUGGAUUAGGGAACCAUCUCAGAAGAAAUCUGGAGGCAUGCCAAGAUGAUUCUGGAAUUAUCACAAAAGGAUUCAGAAACCAUCUCAGAAGGAGCCUCGGUUCGAAACUCUCGGAGGCAUCCUAGAAGGAUUCUAGAAGCAUCCCAAAAGGAUACUUGAACCAUUCCAUAAGGAUUCUCGAAGCAUCUCAAAGGGACUCUUGAACCAUUUCAAACGGAUUCAUACAAUUUCAGAAUGAUUACGGAAAAGCUAUGGCAGAUUAUGCACGAAUACGGAAUCCCGGAUAAACUGAUACGAUUAAUCAAGGCGACGAUGGCUGUUGUUCAACGUUGCGUUAGAAGGUGUAAUAAGGAGAGCGGGGAUAAACACGAGUGGGACGAUUUUCACGAAGUCCGUACAGCUGCUUGGUUUCGCUGAUGAUAUUGAAAUUAUUGCUCGUAAAUUUGAGACGAUGAUGGCGGAAACGUACAUCCGACUAAAAAGUGAAGCCAGGUGAAUCGGAUUAGUCAUUAAUGUGUAGUACAUGAUGGGCUCCAGGGACGAAUCACCGCGCCCGCCACCCUGAAUGUAUAUCGACGGUGAUGAAAUCGAGGCGGUUGAAGAAUUCGUGUACUUGGGCUCACUUGUCGUAAGAUUAAGAUCUGGUUCGCUGUCUCACGGCUGUCGAUGAAAUCGGCUAGAUAACUUCUCAUGAACUCAUUUGCUUCAGGCGACAGAAUAUGAGAGAGGAUCAGGGACAGCAUAUGUCGAAAAUCAAUAUCCAAAACAUCUAUUUCUUCAUUUAUCAAAACGAAAGAAAGAAUUCUAAACGACUAAUAAAACUUUAUAGUGAACCCAAAUUUUCCAUUUUCUUACAUUAAAGUAAGAUGUACUAGCCUCUAAAAAGUGGGUGAACCCCAACUCAAAAAAAAUGUCCAGAAAUCUCAUUAGCACAUUUCAUCAAUCACAUGAGAAAUGAUCGCAUCCAUCAAAAGUCAUAUUUCAACCCCGUCCAACGCAUGCUCUCGCACCUUUUUUUUCUUCUGGUCCAGUACGAACGACCGCAUAUACGCUGCUGCUCGUCAUAUCCAUCCGCCAGGAGUGCGACCAGUUUAAUUGAAUUAUAGCAGAUGCCCAGGGGUGAAGCAAUUUAAUGUGUGUAUAAUUGCUUCUCGAUUCUUACUCUGCCCGUUGGAUGGCGACUUGCUGAUGUAUAGAGAGGUACCUACCUAUGUACAAUGUACAUGUUGUAGCACAGCAGAGAAUAUCACCUACAGCAUCUGAGGAUGGUCAACAGGCUGCACAGUUCUCCGGUAACUAUCUAGUGGCGAUGAUCGAUUGAGCACUGUUCCCUGUUUUAGCUACCGAAUCAUAUUAGUUCACACGAUUCGCACGUUGUAAUAAUACUAAGUUGUAUAGCUUCUGUAGAGUUUAUAGUCAACCCUUAGCAGGCAUGCGAAUGAAACCCGUCAGGAAGGUGCGAUACGCAUCGGAAAGGAAAAGUGAUUGAUUAAUCAAAACGUAUCGAGUGUUUUAAGUGAAGUAACACGUUCAAAUGAAAUUAGUUUAAAGAAAAGAGAGAAAGAGCAGAAACCGUUUAUGAUGAAGAAUGUGUGUUUAUACGUGCACGUUGUAGUUUUUAUCACGUUGCCACUAGUAAUUCCAAAACGAUCUCGAAGUGAUACAGCGUGGGUAACGGCUCAAGAUCAGAAUGCCGUCGUCGAUGACAACUACACUGAUGAGGAUAAUGAUCUAUGUCGUAACGUGGAUAUUCGGAAUAAUCUCGCUCGGUUGCAUUACAUUGAAAAUUGUACAGUGAUUACCGGCUUCUUGCAGCUAGUGUUGAUCGAACGAGUUCCGCACGAGGAGUUUGUGAAGUAUAAUAUAUCUAAAUUGAGGGAAGUGACUGGAUUUGUGCUGUUUUUUCACGUUUACAACCUCAGAUCGCUACGGGAUUUGUUUCCAAAUUUGAUGGUAAUUCGUGGAAAAACACUGAUCGGAAACUACGCACUAAUUUUCUAUGAUUUACCAGAUCUGGAAGAGAUUGGCUUGAAGAACUUGAUCGCAAUACAGGAUGGGUUCGUUUUUGUACAGCAUUGCCCAAAACUGUGUUACACGGAUACGAUUGCCUGGUCCAACAUAACACAUAGGUCGAACGUAUCACUUGAUCUCAAUAGUUUCGACAAACCGGACAAAUCACUCAAAUGCAACAAAACGAAUAUAUGCCAUGGCUGCGCUCAGCCUUACUGCUGGAGUAAUAUGAGCUGUCAACGAUUUCAUACGGGAUACGACUUCACAGGAAAAAUCAAAUGCCACGAGCUGUGUCUGGGUGGCUGUGUGAAUCGCAAGGACACCGGAUGCCGAGUCUGUCGGGGACCGAAAGAUGGCCGCCGUUGCGUUGCGCAAUGUCCGGAGGACAAAAUGCUAUAUCAGGAAACAAUGCGCUGCAUCACGAAGCCAAACUGCAUCGACCGUGGAGGGCUACUGUUCGAAGGUCUAUGUCUGAAGGACUGCCCUGCUGGAUUCAGUGCCACCAAUGUAGAACUAGCUGACGUAGAUUUUUCCAACCACACGUGCUACCCUUGUCACCAGCAGUGUCCGAAAAUAUGCGAAGGUUCUCAAAUUAUGUAUCUAGCGGAUGCCGAAAGACUGGAAGGUUGCACAAUCAUAAAUGGGACGUUGCAAAUACGGAUGAACGAAGAUCACCCGCAUUUGGUGGCAGAAUUGCGGAGAUCUCUGGGUAGAAUACAGGAGAUUAUGGGCUAUUUGAAGGUUUACCGUUCGAACACAUUACCGUCUUUGGAGUUUUUAGAGAAUUUAGAAAUCAUCCAUGGUCAGUGGGAGUUAGGGCAUGGGAAAUAUUCGCUCAUGAUUUAUGAAAAUGCAAACCUCCAAAAACUGUGGAAUUAUGGAGACUAUCCCAUGUCGCUUAAAUUGAUUACCGGGAGUAUGUACUUUGUGUACAAUCCCUUGCUCUGUAUUUCGCACAUAGAAGUGUUGAAGAAGAUGACAACAUACAACAGUACAAAUGAUUUAAUAAGCGCAGAUUCCAACGGUUUCAUGCAGUCUUGUAAUGUUGUUAGUUUGAUCGUUAAAUCAGAAGUGCAGUCGAGCAGAAAUGUGACGAUUUAUUGGACAAGGUUUAACACAGCCCCUAGCCAGCAACUGAUGGGUUAUAUAAUAUUCUUCACACCGUCGGAUACAUCAAGAUCUCCGUACGAUGGCCGAGACGUAUGCUCCGAGUACAGCUGGCAGUCAAAGCUGGUACAUUUAAAUGAUACAAAUACCAGCCAUAAAGUUUUUCUGGCCUACAAUUUGACCGGUUUGAAACCAUUCACAAGGUACGCUUAUUACAUCAAAACCUAUCUCACUGAUAGCCUUCACAACGUGACUCAUAGGAGGAUCGGUCAAUCUAUUGUACAUUAUUUCAAAACACAAAUUGCUAGACCUACCCCUCCAUUGAGAGUGUUUACCACGAGAAAAACAGAUGAUUCCAUCACAUUCUCCUGGAAAAUACUCAAGUCGGAGGAAAAUCUUGUACAGCGAUACCACGUUGAUGUUUUCAUUCAACCGGAUGAUCGGAAACUUCUUGAUCAACGAAACUAUUGCCUCAAUCCACGUGAAGUCGAAAAAGAGCCGGAAAUGGUCGAGGAAUGCACUGCUGAAAUGUGUUGCUCCGUCAACAGUGUAUUUCUAGAUGUUCCGGACUUUUCCGACUCUGACAGCGACUUCUACUCACGCAAAAAGCGUGCUGUAGAACUGAAGAAAGUUUAUGUACAAACUGCAAAAAUUACAGACGAAUUCCAAAGCAUAAUGUAUGGUUUUCUAAGUGAUUCACACUCUACUGAAACCACUUCCAAGGUACAUCGUACCAAACGGGAUACAGAAAAUUUCAGAAAUCGCAUCUACUACAAUGAUUUUUAUGCCGGAGGUAUAGAAUACACAGUUAGCAAUCUACUUCCGUAUACAUACUACACUUUCCAGCUGUUUGCCUGUAGCGCUGCAGACAGCAGUUAUUGUAGUGCUUACAGCAUAUAUUCGGAUCGUACCGACCCUUCACCUGUCCUUCAACCUUUGAACUUGAUUGUAAUAAAAGAAUCACCGUUGGAUUCCUCGGAAGCAAACACUAUUGUAAUAAGUUUCAAUGAACCAGAGUUGGCCAAUGGAGCCAUUGUGGCUUUCAACGUAGAAAUUAAGAUACUGAAUGCUCAGCCAGAGGGCCGAAAAUCGCGCGUGGAAUGCAUAACGAGACUAGAGCAUGAACGUGCAGGCUACGAAUACCGUUUCAGAAACCUAUCGAUCGGAGAAUACGCAGUCAGAGCUCAGGCAGUGUCACUUUCCGGUCCGGAUAGGUUCAGCGAUUGGUACUUUGCCAAGGUGGAAGAAUGGAAGGAACCACUGGUGGAGGACAAUUCCGUGAGAAAUGGUAUGAUCACGUUUGGGGUUUUGCUCGGUUUAACUGUGGGCAUGAUUGGGGGUUAUGUGCUGUAUCACAAAUAUAAAAAGCAUCAUGACGAUAAGGAGCUACUCAUCGAAAAUGAUGGUAAUGAAGAUGGAUUCGUGGAUUGCGACUUGCGGUAGUUACCAGAUUUUGACGAUAGGUGAAAAUG